AUGCCGACCCCCGAGUCCGAGGCUUUCCUGGCCAAGAAGCCGACCGUGCCACCAACCUUCGAAGGGGUCGACUUCGACGACAACAAGCGCGUCAAGCAGGCCCAGGAUGCCAUCAUCCGGGAGCAAUGGGUGCAUGUCAUGAUGGGACGACUCGUCCGGGAGGAGCUGAGCAAGUGUUACUACCGGGAGGGCGUCAACCAUUUGGAGAAGUGCGGUCCUUUGCGAGAGCGGUAUCUGCAGUUGCUUGAGAAGCACAGAGUUCGGGGCUACCUGUUCCAGCAACAAAACCAGCUGGCAAAGAACGCAUGA